CACUACCCCCCCCCCCAUCUCCUCCUCCACUAGAGACCAAGGAGGGCUUUUCAGCACUCGUCUCGGCAGCGUGCAAUGGACAGCACCACAAAGACGGAUGCUUGACAGAGAGCUGACAGUACUCCCUGGAACCACCACCACUAAUAGGACAGCAUUUUGUGGAGUAAACCAUUUGACAUAAACAACCUCAGGACCCUGAAACACAAAGAGGCUUCUUCUUUGUUGCUAUAAAACAUAACAAACAAACACGAUGGAAGAAGACAUGGACGAGGGGCAGACCCAGAAGGGGUGCCUGGAGUGCUGCAUCAAAUGCCUUGGCGGGAUCCCUUACCCGUCACUCAUUGCCACCAUCUUGCUGUACGCCGGCGUGGCUCUGUUUUGCGGGUGCGGCCACGAGGCACUUUCCGGAACCGUCACCAUCCUGCAAAAUUACUUUGAGGUGGUGCGCAGCCCUGUGGACACUCUGGACGUCUUCACCAUGAUUGACAUAAUCAAGUACGUGAUCUACGGUGUAGCCUCGGCUUUCUUUGUCUAUGGCAUCCUGCUGAUGGUGGAGGGCUUCUUCACCAGCGGGGCCAUCAAAGACCUCUACGGAGAUUUCAAGAUCACAACAUGUGGACGCUGCGUCAGUGCUUGGUUCAUCAUGCUGACGUACAUCUUCAUGCUGGCUUGGCUGGGCGUGACAGCAUUUACCUCCCUGCCCGUCUUCAUCUACUUCAACAUCUGGAACAUUUGCCAAAAUGCCACCGUGCUGGAGGGUACCACACUCUGCCUGGACCCGCGCCAGUACGGUAUCGUGGCUAUUAACGAAGCAAAGACAGUUUGUGCUGGAUCCGAGAAGUUCUACAAGAUGUGCGAAUCCACUGAGCUGGACAUGACAUUCCACCUGUUCAUCUGCGCCCUUGCUGGAGCAGGAGCCGCCGUCAUCGCUAUGAUCCACUACUUGAUGGUGCUGUCUGCCAACUGGGCCUACGUGAAAGACGCAUGCCGAAUGCAAAAGUACGAGGACAUCAAGUCCAAGGAGGAGCAGGAGCUUCACGACAUCCACUCCACUCGCUCCAAGGAACGGCUCAACGCUUACACAUAAAAAGCCAAGUUGAGGCGAGGGGGUCACUCACUCGGUUUUUCCUCGCCAUUGCCAAUGUCACUGGUGCGUCACAUGACAAUGUGGUUUGGGCGGAGGUCGGCCUCAGCUGCAAACAACAUUACAGCUUACAAAAAAGAAGCCCCUUUACCUCUCUCGUGAAUGGUUUUUGUUAUCAUUCUAUCAGUUGUUGGGAAAUAAGACCAGUCGUUUUGCAUCGCGUAGUAGUGUAGUGUCGAUUGUGGAAAAGUGAGUAGCGCUAGAGGUAGAUUUUCUUUUUUUAUUAUGUUUCAUGCUUUUUCUUAUAAAAUACUUUGCUAAGCCUAUUUUCUUUUUUGCUCGUGACCCUCCUGUUACGUAUACUCUCGAGUCAAUUCAACCUGGUACGUAUUUAAGCAUUAAAAAUGUUAAAUAGGGGUUUAAUAUACCAUACAUUGAACACUAUUAGAGAAAAUAGAAAGAAAAGAACAAUAUUGUGACGUUUGUUUCUUUAGAACACCAAAAAUGUUAUGAGAAAUGUGACUAACUUUAAACAGGUCAGUGCAUGCAUAUUUAACCAGUAAACAAUAAAUUGAACAAUUUUCAAAUUAGAUUAAAAAAUCUCUCUCUCUCUCUCUCUCUCUCUCUCUCUCUUUUUUUUUAAAAUGUACGCAAUUUUUAAAAAAAUUGGUCACUUUGACCUGAAAUGUAACAGGAGCGUUAUGGUAUUUCUUGGAGUUUUAGGGUAACACCAUUUAUUUUUUGCCUCACAUGGAGGUCAACAGGGGCUUCAAAAAGGUUCUCAAGCACAUUUCUCAUCUAACAUGUGAUAUCGAUGUACUGUAUGUGAAUGACUGAUGUCUCAUGUUUAAAAAAAAAAAAAAAAAAUCAUACAGUAAAAUAUUUGCCAGGGAUUAAAACCACGAAUCACAAUACACUAGCUACUUUAUAUUUUAAGAAAAAAAAUAACAAUGAAUACCAAAAUCUCAAUGACUUGCUAGGUGUGCCAAGCCUGUUGAACGGGGAAAUUAUUUUUGGAUCGAUAUAUAUUAACGGGAUUAAAUUUGCAAGAAAGGGAUCAUAUAGUAUCUCUGGACUGUGAAUGAUUCCAUUGGCACUAAAAGCAAAUGCUCCCAUAAGACACUGUUAUGAUUAUGACUGAUAAUUUUGUUGUUUGAAUAAAUUUAGUGGGGUUUUUUCUCUGCAGACUCUGCACUGUGUAUAGUGAUACUGUAUCAAUGCAUUCCAAUGUGUGAUCAAGCAUUGCGAUUUAUAGGAGAAUAAGAAUAUGGGUUCUCUUAAAGGAGACAUAUUUUGUCACAAUUUAAAGCAGUUCCCAGAUAUCUUCAGAAAUGCUUUCUAGCAUUCUUUGGUUAAAAUCCACAAGGGCUUACAGCACACUUGACAUCAACUUGUCACACUCUGACGGGUCAUGUGCGGAAAAAAAAAUAAUUGUGAGGGCUCAUUAUUAGAAUCCAAUGUUGAUGAUCCUGUUAACUAAUGCUGUAGCUCUGCUUACCUUUUGGCUUUGACAUCAUUCCCUGUGGUCUGGAGGAUGGACUCUGGCCCUCUCUCAAAAAUGGCAGCCAACCUAGUUGCCAAUUUUCCGUGCUGUUAGGUCAUAAUCUGGCAACAUUCGGAAAGGCUCACUUGCAGACAAAUUUUACUCAGCAGACCAAAUGUAAACCAUUGAUUGAUUUCACAAUUAGUGGGUGAGCAGAUACUCCAAAGAUCAAACUUUCCAUAAUAUGUCUACUUUAAGUGUUCUUGACCAUAAACACUGAUGGAUUGGGGAGAAAAUGCCUGACAUUGAAUUUGUUGGUGAAAAAACAAUAUUGUCAGUGUUUCGUACGCUUAUUCGACUAUUGUCUGUGCUCUGAGUUGGAAAACUGUACUGUUAGUAAAGACUGUGACUUUAGAUGUUAUCUGUGGCAUGGACAUAAAUUAUUGUAGUCGGAUUGACUCAAAAAAAUUAACUUUAUCUCACAUCUUUUUUUUUAACAUAUUAAUUUUGACACUUUUUGCCUGUCUUGACAGACUAACCCUUUUGUUUCAACGUGCAGUAUUACAACCUUCCAAAUAAUGAUGCUUCAUGCUACUGAUAUAGAGACGUAGUCGUUUGAGUUGUGAUUUAGUUUGUGAUGAGGAAAUGUCGUCUUAAAGCUUAAUACUUGUAUUGACAUUGCUUACUCUGUAAUGACCCCGCGCUCACUCUUUCUCUUAUUGGCUUUCUCCUUGUAUUUGUCUUUUUGUACUUUCACUACCAAUGCUUCGUAGCAGGCUUUACAUGAAAACAAUGGGGGUAGGGUGGGGGGGUUGUUUUCUAUACAUCCAUGUGCCAACAGCUUGAAGUGACUUAUUUGACCUGUAUGAUCAAAUUUGCUCGCGUAAGUAAAUAAAAUUCACUUGUGUACUUGAAGUGAUGGUGUUGGUGAAUGGGCCUUUUAAAAUUGUCUGUCACUCGAUGUUUCUAUGGUCUCUCUUAAAUUGCAAAUCCAGAAGGUUUCGUGCAAAUACAACCAUUAAAUACUGGCUUUGAA